AUGUUGUGUUUCAUCAAAAUCGCUCUCGUUUUUUCGACGAUUUUUGUUGUUGUUGUUCAAAGUCAAAUUGUAUGUUGGUCUGGUCAAGAAACAGUUUCGAAUGGACGACGAUUAGACUCACAAAUUGGAGCACCAUACACUUCUGGUGAGCAAUUUUGGCUAACUUGAUUUCAAAAAUGUAUGUUUUUUUUGUUUAGUUCAAUGUAACAAUGCUGAUUUUUGCUAUAACAACUAUGUAAAACGUCAUAAGAAUGGAGAUGAUAGUUAUACGAUUACGAAAAGUUGCGGAGAGACUGGAAAAUGUUUUGUGAGUCAACUUGAAGGGGUUUUUAGGACCGAAGUUUUUUGAAUCUGGCCUAGAAAUUUGAAUUUCUCGUUUUCUGGAAAUUCGGCCACGAAAGAAAAUAAUGAUUUUAAAUAUUAUCGAAAAUCUCAUCGGUAUCACGCGCUCCACCGGAAUAAACACGCAACGCAAACCGCGCCGCGCCGCGCCACAACACACACAAAUAAUGGAGGGAAUUUGAAUCGUUCCCCUAUUUGUGUGUGUUGUGACGCGACGCGGUCUGCGUUGCGUGUUUAUUUCGGUGGAGCGCGUGGUACCGAUGAGAUUUUCGACAAUAUCAUGAAUGUUUUUGAAAGUCACAGUAAUUUUCUAAGCUCCAAAUUCAUUUUGAAAUUUUUAAAGCUAAAUUUAUGGAUGAAAUUCUAAUUUUCAGAAAUAAUAUUCAGAAUCUUACAGGAAACUGGAUGCCGUGGAAGUCACACUGACAGAGUUUGCUGUUGCAUCGGAAAUUUGUGCAAUUCAAGCAACGGUCUGAAUUUUAGCGUUGCCGGUAUUCUGAUAAUUCUCUCAUUGUGUUAUAAUUUCAGAUUAUAACUAA